CCCACCCCACCCCCGCCGCCUCUGCCGUCACUCACGGCCUCUGCUCGCCGGCUCUCUGGUGCGCUCUCCGCGCCGCGGGCACCUGCUCGCCCCGCGCUCGGCGCUCACUUCUCGCUCGCGCACCGCAGGCUCCCGGCGUCGCCGCCGCCACCCGCCUCGGCCCGGACCUGCAGGGCGCUCCGCUUCUCUCCGCGGCCCUAGGCGGGCGCCAACCCACCCUCCGCGGCCUGGGCCUGGGACAAAGAGCGGUGCGGCUCGUUGCCCAAACCCGGGUCCGGCGCCAGGUCUGCGCGCCGCGGCUGAGCGCGCACUCGUCCUGCGGAGGGAGCCGCGGAGGCACCGGCGGGGGCGGCGGCGGGAGCCGGAGGAGGCGGCAGCCGGAGCCAGACCACCGGAGCCCGGGAGGCGGAAUUCCACUCGCCGCUCCGAGGCGAGGCGCGCGCUCCCUCGGCCGGGGAUGGGUCCCGGCGCGGCCCAGCCCCUGCCCGGCCCGCCGCGCAGAGACUAACCUGCGGUUCCCCACCGUCCGGCGGACGCGGGCAUAGAGUGAGGCACGGGCCGAUCGCCCGCAGCCUCCGGGGGGGGGGGGGGGACCUCGCGCCCUGCGCACUCGGAGCAGCGCCCCCCGCCGGAGCCGCGCGGGCCAGCGGGCGAGGGAGCGGGACUGAUUGGCGGCCGCUGGCGGCGGCGGAGGAUGGGGCGCCGCGGGGCCAGGGCAGGCUCGGAGGGGUCUUAGCCCGAGCCCAGCCGGAUCCGAGCCCGCGCUGCCGCCGCCGCCGCCUCUCCGCGCCCGGGCCGCCGCGCCCCCCGCGGGAGAUGGAACAGCGGAGCCAGCUCGGCGCCCUCGGACACCUGCCGCCGCUGCUGCUGCACGCCCUGCUGCUCCUCGCGGCAGACGCGACGUUUACCGAAGUCCCCACAGAUGUGACCGUGCGGGAGGGAGACGACAUCGAGAUGCCCUGCGCGUUCCGGGCCAGCGGCGCCCCCGCGUUCUCGCUGGAGAUCCAGUGGUGGCACCUGCGGGCGCCGCCCCGCGAGCUGCUGCACGAGCUGGCGCUGAGCGCGCCCGGCGCCCGGAGCAAGGUAACAAAUAAGGAUGCGACUAAAAUCAGCACCGUGCGUGUCCAGGGCAAUGACAUCUCGCACCGGCUGCGCCUGUCAGGCGUGCGGCGGCAGGACGAGGGCGUGUACGAGUGCCGCGUGGCGGACUACGGCGCCGAGGACACGCAGGAGCACGCGGCCCGGGCCCUGCUGCGCGUGCUGUCCCGCUUCGCGCCGCCCCGCAUGCAGGCCUCGGAGGCCGUGUCCCACAUCCAGAGCAGCGGGCCCCGGCGCCACGCCUCCAGCGCCAACCACGUGGGCGCCGCCGGCACCGCGGGCCGCCCCACAGCCCAGCCCGGCCGCAGCCACAAGAGCCCGCCUCCUCCGGGAAGCCCUCCCGCGUCCCCCGGUCCCGGAGUCCCCGAGGCCGCCGCUUCCGCGACCCACGCAGCCACCACCACUGUCGCCGCUGCAACCGCUGCUUCCUCAGCCCCGCCACCCGGCCAGGUGGUUCUGCGCCAGAGGCAUGGCUCCGGCACCGGCCCCACCUCCUCCGGGGACCCACUCCUGUCGCUGCUCCUGUUGGCUCUGCACACGCUCCUGGGCGGGCUGGUGGGGCACUGACAGCUGCCCCCCCAUCGCCCCCCCCCGCCCCGCCCCGGGGCCACACCGCCCACCCAGACCCAGACCCGGGCGAGGACCGGGUCGCCGGAUGGACACUGAGAGACUGAGAGAAGCAUGACAAAGUCCACGUGGAAACAUAUCAUAGGUGGGGGGAGUUACACAGUAGAAACCCGAAACCACGCAUCCAGUUUCCAAACGAGAUGGAGGCGGGCCCGUGCCGUGCGCUCCCGGCCCAUGAGUCUCCACUUCUGCGAACUUUUCUUUUCUCCGCUUCGCCUCCAGCUCUUCAUUUUGCACGAACUGCCGAGCCGUUAUCUUAGGAGACGGCGUGGAAAUGUUGGGUCACAGCCUUCCUGACAAAGGAACGUAUUUUUAGUAGAUGAUUGUGUUUAGGAGUUGUUGUUUUUUUUUAUUUCUCAUUUUCCAUUGGGGGCUUAUCUUUUUUUAUGAAAGUAAAUUAUUUCUUUUUGAGACAUUUGGAUUAAAAAAAGAUACAUCUUAUAAUUAAAUUCACUGUCAAUAAUAUUUAUUUUUAAAUAAACACGGGAAACAAGGUCAGA